GGUUUUUCUUCACCUUUAAUUGAUGGAGUACCAAAGCCGAAUUUUUCUCAGACAGAAAAUUUCGACCAAUUAGAAUCAUGGUUUAAUAAAAUAGAUGAACCGAAGUUUAUUAAUCUUUAUAUGUUAAAAUCUUUAGUAUUAUCUGAUCCACAAUUUAUUUUGGCAGCUUAUGGAUCUAAUAAUAAAGCAAAAGCAAUUGAAAUCUUAAAAAGAUUUUGGUUUUCAUGGGUACAAUAUUUAGAAUUAGAAAAUGAUAAUAAUAAAUUAGAAACUCUAUUAGAUUUGAAAAAAAAAAUACUUUUAUCACCAAGCCAACUUUUUGGUGCAUUGAAAUAA